AUGGAAACUCCAGUAGAAGAAAACAGCAAGACCAGAGAAACUCACUCUACAUCCCAUUCAUCAAAAGGCGGCUUCAAAACUCUACCUUUCAUCUUAGCAACCGAGGCCUUCGAAAGGGUGGCGACUGCUGGGUUACCUCCACUUUUGACAGUGUAUUUGACGACAGAAUUUGGCAUGGAAACUGUCAAAACAGCCACCGUAGUCAACUUUUGGUCAGCGGUCACCCACUUGACUCCGAUCAUUGGUGCUUUUCUUGCGGAUUCUUAUAUGGGAAAGUACUGGAUGAUCGGAUUCGGAUCCGUGGUUUGUUUUCUGGGGAUGGUUCUAUUAUGGUUAACAGCCGUGAUUCCAGAAGCAAGGCCUUACUGCGACCCGUUUAGCACCAUUUGUGAAUCCCCCACAACACUCCAACUUCUAGUCUUAUAUUGUUCAUUAGGCCUGAUCUCUGUUGGAUCCGGUGGCAUAAGAUCAUCCUGCUUGGUCUUGGGAGCAGAUCAGCUGGGAAAGGGAAACAAUCCGGAAAGUGCAAAAACAUUACAGAAUUUCUUCAGUUGGUACUAUGCUACCGUCUCGUUUUCAUGUCUCAUUGCUCUAACUUUGAUCGUCUAUAUUCAAGAAGAAGCGGGGUGGGGAAUGGGUUUUGGAGUACCUGUAAUGCUAAUGUUUGCUUCGUCUCUCUCUUUCUUCUUGGCAUCUUCCUUGUACAUCAAGUUGAAGGCCAAGGAAAGCCUAAUCACCGGUUUUGCUCAAGUUCUGGUGGCCUCUUUCAGAAAUAGGUACUCCGAGUUACCAUCCCAUGCCACAAAAGAAGUUUACCAUAUCAAAGAGGGAUCGAUGCUUCAAGUGCCAAGUGAAAAACUAAGGUUUCUGAAUAAAGCUUGUGUGAUAAAAGAUCCUCAACGGGACUUAAGCUUGAAUGGAACUGCUUCAAACCCAUGGAAUCUUUGUACAAUAGAUCAAGUGGAGGAUCUAAAAGCAUUGCUCGGAGUGAUGCCGCUUUGUUCUGCAGGAAUCAUGUUGUCUGUGACUGUUGUUCAAGCCCCUUUGGUAAUAGUUCAAGCACGCACCAUGGACAGACAUAUAAAUUCAAACUUUGAAAUUCCAGCUGGUUCAUUUACCGUUUUUCUGAUGACCGCUAUCGUUGUAUGGAUUGCAUUUUAUAAUCAAAUAGCUCUUCCUUUAGCUUCAAAGAUUAAAGGAAAACCGGUUUGUCUUAGUUUGAAACAAAAAAUGGGGAUUGGUCUUCUUUUCUCUUGUGCAUCCGCCAUAGCAUUAGCAGUUGUAGAGUAUACUCGACGAAACAUCGCGAUCCAAGAAGGACUCUCUGAUCAACCACAGGCCCAAGUGCAUAUGUCUGCACUAUGGCUACUGCCAUACUAUGCCCUAGGUGGCUUCGCUGAGGCUCUUAAUGGAAUUGGACAGGUUGAAUUUUGCUACUCCGAAUUACCUAAAACCAUGUCAAGCAUCGCGACGGGUUUGCAUGGAUUGGGACUUUGCAUUGCAGGUCUAGCGUCGAUUUGCAUAACAAACACAGUUAAAAGUGUUACUAAAAUAGGAGGGGAAAGUUGGCUUUCAAGCAAUCUGAACAGAGGACAUUAUGACUAUUUUUAUUUCCUUCUUGCUGGCUUGGGCAUGCUUAAUUUUAUAUACUUUCUGGCUUGCAGCAAAGCUUACGGCCCUUGUCAUGGACAUCAGGAAGACCAUGCUGAGAUAUGCAGGAAAAAAGAUCAUGAGGGGAUAGCUGGUUGUUAA